AUCUGGUGGAACAAACCGAUCUUUUCAGCAUCGCUCCUCACAUCAGCAGCAGUGAACAGGGAAUGGCAGGAUUUCAGGGAACGGCGUAACGCUGACACCCUGAAGCGCGUGGGCCGCGAGCCGUCUGAGCCAUGCUGAAGGGAGGGGCCGCCAAGGGGGGGCUGCCCAAACCGGGGCUCCAGGAUAGAGCCAGGCUGCCCUCUGCUGCCUCCGCCGCGGGAAUGAAGACCUCCAAGUCCUCCAGCACGCUGUCCACAGACCUGCGGCUCAGCCGGCUGAAGCGGGCGAGCAGUGACGAUGCCUUGGCCAAGCCGGGGCUGGGAGCGGCAGCGGCGGGUUCCCGCAUGAAGAAGACGGUCACCACGGGGGCCAUCUCCGAGCUCGCCGACGCGCGGCCCCGCAGCCUGAGCGGAGUCGCCUCGGCCAAGAAGUCUGGAAUACCUGCCCCCAGAGAGAUUCCCCCCACGAUAACGAGAGACAGAAUCUCCCUGCGGGAUCAGCUGCGGACGACCAGCACUAAGAAAAUGAUCCCCAGCGCUAGCACGUCCAGUCUCUCGACCCUCGCCAAGCACUCCCGCACCUCCCUCAAGACGAAAGCGGACAAUGAGACCAACGACAAAGCAGUGCUGGAGUGCCAGGUCAAGGAGCUCCUGGCCGAGGCCAAGGCCAAAGAGUUCGAGAUCAGCAAGCUGCGCAUGGAGCUGCAACGCUGCAAGGAGAGGGCCACACCCGACGGCGUGUCCCCCGAGGGCGGCGAGCUGGACCUGGAGCAGCUGGCCUCGCAGCCACCGGAGGUGCGGUCUCUGGUGGGGGCUCUGCGGGAGAAGAACGGCCGGUUCCAGCGCGAGCUGGCGGUGCUGAGGGAGGAGAACCAGGCUCUGAAGGAGAAGCUGCUGUCCCUGGAGCACUCGCCCCUCUCCAGCGGCAACAACACCGCCUCCCUGGCCAGCCCCACCAAGCCCUCGGUCAACGGGGUCCUGCCAGACAACGCCAAGUCUCCCGCCAACGGGGGCAGCCCGCUGAAGAUCUCCACCUCCUCCAGCAGUGACAUCACCAAGGGAUCCCCGUCUCCCGACUCCUCCGAGUUUGAGAAGAUCCCCUCCCGAUCUGACUCCAUCAGCAGCGGCGCAGGGGGGAGGAGCCAGGGCGCAGGCGACGCCCACAACCCCGCCCUGGGGGGCAGGGACCUGUCUGUGGAGUGCCUUACAGAGCAGAUCCAGAAGAUGGAGGAGAGCCACCACAGCACGGCCGAGGAGCUGCAGGCCACACUGCAGGAGCUGGCCGACCAGCAGCAGGUGGUGCAGGAGCUGACGGCCGAGAACGAGAGGCUGGCGGAGGAGAAGGGCCUCCUGCAGACGUCGCUGCAGCAGCAGAGGGAGCGCGUGGAGCUCCUGGCGCAGAAGAACGAGGCCCUCCUGGCCCGUCUGCAGGAGCAGGCCCAGAGCGAGGAGGCGGAGGCCAGGGCCGCCCGCGUGGCUGAGCUGGAGCAGCGGCACGCAGAGCUGGUGGAGAGCUCCCGCUUCGAGAGGGAGAAGCUGGUGGACAUUCAGCAGCAGCUGACCGGCAGCCUGCGAGCCCUGGAGAAGGAGCACCAGGAGACGCAGGGGCUCCUCAGAACCCUGAAGGAGGAGAAGGAGCACCUCCAGAGCUGCUUGGAGAAGGAGCUGGAGGCCGCCGGCGAGCUGAGCAGGACGGCGGAGGAGCUGAGGUCCAGCACGGAGGCACUGAAGGCAGAAAACGGCAGGCUGAAGGGUCAGCUGGACAUGGAGAGGCAGAAGGUGCAGGAGCUGAAGGCCAUGCAGAGCGCCAGCGACAGCACGGAGCUGCAGGGCCUCCUGGAGGCAGCACACGCAGACAAGGAGGGGCUGGAGCUGUCCUGCACCGAGCUGAAGCAGGAGCUAGCGCAGGCCAAGAGCGAUACAGAGCGUGUGCAGGGAAUGUUGUCCAAGGCGGAGGUGGAGUGCCAGCGGCUGCAGGAGCUCAGCGACAGGCAGGAGCAGGAGAUGGGCAGCAGCGUCCACAGCCUGGAGGAGGGCAUCCGGGAGAAGGAGACGCAGAUCAAGGACCUGAAGGACACCAUCUUCGAGCUGGAGGACCAGGUGGAGCAGCACACAGCCGUCAGGCUCCACACCAACCAGACCAUCCUGGACCUGGAAAACAAAAUCAAGAAGCUGGAAGAGAAUAAAUUUGACCUGGAGAAGCAGCUGAAAGCUCAGGCCAAACAGAUAAAGGAAGAGACGGAGGAAUGGCGGCGCUUCCAGGCCGACCUGCAGACCGCCGUUGUGGUGGCCAACGACAUCAAGGUGGAGGCCCAGCAGGAGCUGCGCAGCCUGCGCAGGCAGCUGCAGGAAGAGCAGGAGCACAGCGCCAAGCUGGCGGGAGAGCUGGAGCAGCUGCGGGGCAGCAGAUCCAGCACUGUAUCAAGUUAGAUGUGGCGCAAAGACACGUUUUCCAUAUCAGGACUAUCAGCAAACAGUAUUACUGUACAAGUACGCUUUUACCAGUAUUAUAUCCUAAAAGGAAAAAUAUUGUUAAAAUAUAAAAUAUUGUGUUCUGCAGAACUAAAUUUGGUGUGAAGGUAAAUGUCUGGAGAGCCAGGUGAAAUGGGUUCGGGUCGAAUCUGAGACCCGCGGCCUCCGUGCAAACUCACAAACCAAAUGCAAUUAGGGAUUGAUACUUUCAUAUUUUAUGCUGGGAUUUUUCCCUGCUUAAAUUCUAGCUGUAAGUGCAAUGAAAAAUGUAAAAUAAAGAGCAAAUAGGAUGAAGCCUAUGGUUUUCCAGGAAGGAAUCACAGCUGAAUUUCUGCAUCAGUGGUUUGAAUUGGUUGUUUUUUUAUUAGUCCAUCAAUAGGCUCUGAACGCUCGAUUUGUGUUCCUUUUCGUUUCACAUUUGUUGAUCCUUUUCCCUUUAAUCUGUGUAAUUUUGUUGCUGCAAGCAAUCUGUGAGUGGGGUCAACAAAUGCUUUUUUUUCAUUGACACUGGUAGAAUCUGUGCUUAUUUGAAUGCUGCCAUUUUAAUAUUUUCAUUACAUAGUAUAUUCUUGUUAGCAUCAAGCACAUUUUGUGCUCUUUAUUUGUAUGUGAAUUUCCUCUGAAAAUGUUUGAUGAUGUUUACAUUUACAGAUUUAAUGCCAAUGAUGUUAUAUCCUCUUUUGCAAGGAGCCUUCUCAAUAUUUCUGAUAAUCUCAAGUCACGUGAGCGUUUGAAGGCCCAUCAAGUGUGUCAGUGAUGUCACGAUUCACCACAGACGAAAGUGAGCAAAGUUUGUGUGUGACGUAGCUAAUAAUAUACAUUAUUAUUUAUCUUCUGUUUUUUUUCCCCACAUUCUCAAAUAAGGUCAUCUCUUUCCAUUAGAUGUUGCCUCAUGAGCUGUAGUGUUAGUGUGUCACUAGAUUGCUCCACUAGAUGGUGCAGUUUGACAAAAAGUGAACCAUCGCAGGAGUAAGCUGAAAUAUACAUGGCUACUUUGAGCAAAAAGGAUCAGCGCUUACUUUUAUAUUGCAGAAGGAAAUGAGUGGUGAUUAUUCAGGGCACAUUACUUAAAGACUCAUAGUACUGAUCUGUGGUCAGUGAAGCUGGGGUGAUAUAAGUCUUACAGAACUGCACGGAUAAUGCUGUCAGUGAUCCGAGACCUCAAUCAAUAACACGUGAUGGCCUGCCAACACCUCACUGUUCAGAAUCAAUUCAGUCUGCUGACACUGUGAGGUAAUUACAAAGCUAAAAAAGCUCAUUGAAAGCAAAAUUCAGAGCCAACCGCCCCUUUCAGGACCAAAGAUACCAAAAAGAGGAGGUAGGCUUUAAUUAGAACAGUUUGCCUUCUGCAAAUAACAUACUUGUUUUUAGAAAUACGAUUGAUUGAUGUCAUAGCAGUAAUUGCGUAAACAAUUUUCUGAGCUCAGAGGCAUGCAAUGUAAAUGGGGUUACAAAAAAUACAUAAAUGGGUUAGGUAUUUUCUAUUUUUCUUGUUUCCUCCACAGAUGUAGUAAUAACUUUUAAGAUAACUGUCCUGUAUGAAUGUCAUGCUAGAUUUUCAAUUAUUGUCUUAAACUCAGUGAAGUGCCAUCGAAUGAAUUAGUUUCACAUUUGAAUUAUCCUCAGGAGAAAAUUAAAGAGAAUAAAUGUGGAUGGACAGAACCCAGGUUUAGUUUGCUGGGAUACUUCAACACUAGAGACCUCUGCAGUGGAUACAAUCUAUAACAUAUCUACAGUUAAUGGCUUUUCCCAGCCAGUUGAGCUCUUCCAUUUCCCAUGGUCCAUUUCAACAAUAACCCAAAGGCCUUCUUGUAUUGUGAUGUCAUAUAACAUCUCUAAAGCCGCUUCAUGCUGCAUCAGAAAUAUCCUGCUGUAGUGUGAACACUCCGUCAGAAAAGCCAGGCACACACAGAAGUCUCCAUCCGCUGACCCUCUUCAGCCGGUGAGGUAUGAGGCAGGACCGAGUGUCUCUCAGGAGCACAUCAGAGCUCGUUCUUGUCUCCGCUGCCCUCACGCGGUGACCUGAAGCGCUCUCUCACAGACUCCUCAGCACAUACCACAUGCAGUACCAUUAGCCUGCGGUGCAGGCGUGCUGCUUCCCCAGGAUCAGCUGCCGGCCAGAGCUGUGCAGCCUGCUGAAAUCCUGGCAGCCCCAGUGCCAUGGAUCCCGGGACGUAAGAACAGGAUCCGAGAUCCGUGGCACUUUAAACAAAAGUCUCUGAUGAAGGGAUCGCUACCGCCACUGCCUGUGACGUUAGUUAAUCCCUGAGGGGAAUAUUUCGGUGGGAGCGUUCAGUGCACAGACAGAGUGAUUCAAGGAAAUGUGGUCAUCGCAGGUGACCUUUUAUAGCUCUUCAAAACAAGAAGCUGUUAAGAUUUUAUUGCAGGAUGGGUGUGACUCACUUUUUUUUUUUUAAAUCAACUGUCUCUUAAAAUUUUCUGUCACCCACUAUUUUGAUACCUCUGUAAUGCUGAAAACAAUAACGAUUUGUUUCACCAAUCAAUUUUACACAAUUUACAUGCCAACAAUACACAGAGUUGAUUGUUGUGUCAGGAGACACAUAUUAAAUAUAAAGAGGCUUUUGCACAUCACCAACAGUGACUAAU